UGGAUCUCUAGGUGGUGGGCGCGGUGGAGUCAAAAAUAAUAAAGAUGCUCAAACAGAAACAGGAACAGCAAAAAUAUACUAUAAGCAACUAUAUAAAGUGUAAAGACUUCUACCGGCAAGGCUAUAUUACCUUGGUUGCCCUUAAUUACUCGCAUCAAUCCUCUCGUCCAUUCAUCAUUUUGUUUUUGGAGCGAGCGGGUUAAAAGACUGAAUUUAGGAAAAGAUCACCGGUUGAUCCCGUUGAUUCUUCUGGAUGGCACGGAUCGUUUUGAUGGCAGGUAUCCCGUUG